CACACGAAGCUUUACAUCGAUUGGUAGGUUUGUUCGGUGUAUAGACGUGUACAGUGUGUGAGAGCGAGGUACUGUUAAACAAUUGGAUCCAUCAAUCUUAAGCUAUACAUUGACUUGUACGGCAACUACUGACUUGUAUCUUUUAGAGAGCUUAAUUCAGGGUUCAGAGAGAAAUCGUUGAUUUAUGUAAUGAUGGAAAUUAAUUACAUUAUAUUCAUUAUUGUAUAAACUCAUUGUGGCUACUAUGGAUUUGUUAUCACAACUCUUACUGCGUCUUGAGUAGUGUGUUAGAAAAGCUUAAGUCUUACCGUGUCGAAAUUCGGACAAAGUGGCGUUUUGGAUAACUUUAACUGGAAUUUUCACCCGUUCAACGCACACCUCAAGUACAUUAUAUUCAUUAUUGUAUAAACUCAUUGUGGUUACUAUGGAUUUGUUAUCACAACUCUUACUGCGUCUGAAGUAGUGUGUUAGAAAAGCUUAUAUCUUACCGUGUCGAAAUUCGCACAAAGUGGUGUUUUGGAUAAGUUUAACUGGAAUUUUCAUCCCUUUAACGGACACCUCAAGUACGAGACCUACCGAUGGUUCAAAUUAAAGUUUACUAUAAACAUACUAUUAACUCAUAUCUAAAUUUCUGACCCUGCAAAUUGUGCUAUUGUAAGUAAGGAUUUAAAUACACGAGGAAUCCAGGACACCAUUUCUAUAAGUUACAUGAUUAAAGCGUGAGCAUAGGGAUCUAUAUCUGACGAAUGAAGCGUUUGUAGUUUAAAACCAUCUUCUGGAUUGUUAUAUGGUUAUAUUAAUUGUCCGUCAUGUUCAGUACUUCAUACUAAAGUUAAAAGAAACUGUAAUUGAUAACGAUCUUUAUCGUAUGUUUGUGAUUUACUCUGUUCCUGUGCUUGGAGUCUAAAACAGUGAUUUAGAUAAACAGCCUACAACUUAAUGAUCAGUACUUCAUACAAAAGUUAGAACAAACUAUAUAUCGUAUAUUUGCGAUUUACUCUGUUUCCGUGCUCGGAGUCGCAAACAGUGGUUCAGAUAAACAGCCCACAACUGAACUGUACUUCAUACAAAAGUUAGAACAACCUAUAAUUGAUAUAGAUAUAUAUCGUAUGUUUGCGAUUUACUCUAUUCCUGUGCUCGGAGUUGCAAACAGUGAUUUAGAAAAAUAGCCUACAACUUAAUUGUGCAUCAUAAUAAGUACUUUAUACAAAAAUUAAGACCAACCAUAAUUGAUAAAGAUAUAUAUCGUAUGUUUGCGAUUUACUCUGUUUCCGUGCUUGGAGUCGAAAACAGUGAUUCAGAUAAACAGCCUACAACUUAAUUGUGCAUCAUAAUAAGUAAUUUAUACAAAAAUUUAGACCAACGAUAAUUGAUAAAGAUAUAUAUCGUAUGUUUGCGAUUUAAUCUGUUUCCGUGCUUGGAGUCGAAAACAGUGAUUCAGAUAAAUAGCCUCAUAAGAUAAACUAUAAUUGAUAUAGACCUUUAUCGUAUGUUUGUGAUUUAUUCUAUACCCGUGCUUGGAGUCGCAAACAGUGAUUCAGAUAAAUAGCCUACAACUUAAUUGUGCAUCAUGAUAAGUAGUUCAUAAUAUGGAAGUUAAAACAAACUAUGCUUGAUAUAUUUAUGUAUCGUCUCUUAGAGUCCAACUCUGUUCCUGGGGUCUAAUGUACUGAGUUAUUAACCAUAAAUAAAAACGGCGUCAUUGUAUCCUUUUAUCCCAGUAAAGCUUUGUCUGGUGUAGAAGCAUCUUGGUCCUCCGGGGCAAUAUAUAACUCGACGUGCGUUUAGUUGUUAGAUUAUUUGAGGAUUACUGGUAACGGCUCAAUUGACUGUCACGAGUAUAUAUAGCUCGCUAGUCUUUCUAUCAACAAAAUGUCGAUAAAACGCAAAAAGAAAAUGACAUGUACGUUGUUUAGGAUUUUAGCUGUGGCUAGCCUGUGUUCGAGUAUUAUAAAUCUGACUUUAUUGUCGAUUUGUUUGUCCGCAGGUCGUUGGAUAUUUGGAGACUUGUUGUGUCAGAUUUUAGCGUUCUUGAGUCAUGUCUUAGUGGCAGGUGCUGCGUGGUUGGUGGCUUUGGCUGGUUUGGAAAGAUAUUUCAAGUUAGUUUUACCUGCUGAUCAUCCCUGUGUAUUUUCUGAUAUCAACACCAAGUUAUUGGUUGUAGGGUUAUAUCUACUGAUAGCUAUCAUAUUGAUAAACCCUCUUUAUGGAUGGGGUGAAUAUUCAGAAUAUAGAGGAUAUUUCAAGUUAACUGUUCACACCACCCGUCCCAAUUUAACCAGACAUAAUUAUGAUGUUACUGCAUCAACUUUGUCACCCGUUCCUGUCAGUGACCUACCGCCGGUGGGUUGCGAUGGUAACAACAGAACACACUUUAUGUUUCCUGGAGAUUACAAUACAACGCAACUAGCGGAAAUGUUUAGCAAGAAUUUAAAAAUAAACUGGAAUUUUUUCUCCCGCCUUUUACACAUCACCCACGAAAGCCUUGUGUUGGCUUUAAGGGCGCCGAAUGAAGAGAAUUUAGAAAAUCUUCUGUCUGAGAACAGUGAAUAUACACUGGGUGAUGAGUUGUUUCAUGGUGCACCAAAGUGUCAAAAUAACGAGUAUAUUCUGUGUCUGGAGUUUAUGUUAAAUUACACAGAAGUUGAAACAUACAAGAAAAUAUUUGUUCCUUUUCAAGCGACCAAUAUGUGUAGUGUGGACUUUACUACCAUGAAUAAAGGCGCAUGGGGAUGGAUAGCGUUCUUUAUAGCGUCUACAGGAGCUGCUCCUUAUAUCAUGAUCGCCGUGUGUGCUAUACUGACAUUCUGGAAAUGGUCUUAUAUACAGUUUGAACAUCGUAACCAAGACUUGGUUCAAAGUCGUAAAUUUUUCUACGGCUGUUUGAUAAGUGUUCCGCUUUACUUUCCAUACUUUAUCGUGAAUUUGUCGAACUACUAUGGAAACUAUGUGUCGCCAACAUUAAACGUCUUUGUGAUGAUUUUAUACUACGGUAGCAAUCUUCUACCAUGUGCUUUGCUCAGUCCGCGAUAUUUGUGUAAAACAGUUGAAAGGUCAUCAACGUCUGGUUCGAUUCGAGAAUCUGAAACCGAGGACCAGGAGGAAUUUGAAAUGGAGAUUAUACCCGAUAAUCAGUUAUAAAAUGACGAUUGGUUGUACGUGACGGGGCGGUGCGUAAUUUUUCACACGAGACGGAGAGGGUUCGAAUCUGAUAAGAUAGGCUAAUGUGAAGAAGAUAGUAGUCAACAGGCCAGUUGUGGGCAUCAUGUGGUACCGUGUGUUUCGGAAAGGAUAACUGAUAAGUUAUUUAGAGCAAACGUAAGCUAGUGGAUGCUGUCAGGCAACAUGUGAAAAUAAUCGUAAGUGUCACAAGGUGUUCUUGCAAGGAUAACUGAUAUGUUAUUGUUCCAACCAAUUAAUUAUACGUACUGGUCAUUACCCAACGGAGUUCGAAAACUAAUGCCAAGCCGAAAUGAGUAAAAACAGUUGCCCAUACAGUGACGUUGUUUUAUAUCACUUUGGCUACAGCCACGAUAGCACACUCGCGACUUCACUGUGUGAGUGCUACACGUGUUCUUGUAUCUAGAGGUCAUUUUUGAAGGUCAAAAUCGUAUGUUUUGUCAUGCUGUGACCAAUGGCUUGAAAUGGGGGUGUUACGUCGUACGUGUUGCACGGAGAUGAUCAGUCGUGUGUCAUUUAGUAUUGUAAGGUUUAUCGCUAGACAGAUCACCAUAAAUCUACAGUGAAAUCUCGCUAUUAAGACCAGUUACGGCACUCGUAUAAAUUGGCUCUUUAUAGUGAGGUGGUCUUUAUAACGAGUUGGAAUUUCAGGAUACAUAAUCAUAAAUAUUAUGUUAUUUUAAGAUACAAUUUCAGCAUACAGACUCUUGUACAUUAUUUUAAAAUAUGGUCCUAUACAUUAUAAAUUACAAUUUAAUGCUCAACAGUGAACAUGUAUUUUGAAACACUUAUUUGAGAGAACACUGUAAGUUAUCAGUAUAAUGUUCAACACUCGACAAAGCAAAGUUUACUACUGGAUUUAAUAUCUGUAUCCGAAAUGCAUAAAAUAAUGUCCACCAUGCUCAAAAGCACACAGUAAAAUAUUAAAAUCAUGUUUUUUUGUACUUUAUCAUGACCUGUACUUUUUUGGUAUAAUAUAAAAUGUCCGCCAUGCUCAACAGCACAGUACAGUAAACUUUAAAAAUCAUGUGGUUUUUUUUUUUU